UGAGAAGACCCAUUCCCCCAUUGUGAACCGUCUCCCUUUGGGAAUCGAAAGCUAUUUCUCGUUUUAAUUUCCAGCCAAACGUUUGCAAUAGGCAAACUAAUUGGUUUGCAAUUGGUUAUGGUUUGCUAAGUCGAUGUACGCUUGGAUAUUUCACGUCCUUCUACUAUUGUUUAUUCCCACCUACGCCUCGAACGUUAAUGAUGCCAGACGGUAGUGCUUUUGCAAGUUGAAUGGAUUGUUACCUGUAAUGGACCCCAUUGAACUCACACAAUUUGGGCUGAAACAACUAUUUUAUCAGGUAAAGCAAGGCUUUCCUGAGGUGCCUGAUUCUGUUGUCAAUGAUUGCAUCAGAAAGGCUUGUUACAACAGGCAAGCUGCAGAAGCCCUACUGCAGAGAGAGGCUCCUAAAUAUGGCAGGUUUCCCCUCGUCAAGAAAACAACUCAGGGAAAUCCCAAAAGUCUUUCGGCAGGAAAUUCACCCCUCGACGGUGGACCCAAAUCUCUCACUGACUGCGUGACACCUACCAAAGUUCCUCCAGCACUGCCAGUCACACCACCAGUGGCUGCAGCAGCAGCUGCAUCUUCCGGUCCUAGUCCACCGAUCUACAGCUCGCCACUUUAUCGGCCCGACAUUGAUUUGUCACUGCCUCCUCCAGACAUCUCCAGUGGUCGGGAGACAAAAGCUUCGUCCCAAGUCCAAGUCUUUUGCGAACAGCCAAGAUCAUCCACGUCAGUCAACGUGAUCUUGCAACCCGCCACCGACACUCUUCCCUACGUCACCUACUCGUCAGCCUCCACUGACCAUCACAGAGGAUUACACUCGCAGCUACAAAUUACAAUCAGUCCUCAAGGAGGAACAGUAUCGGCCGUUCAGCGAUCUAAUUUACAUUCUCCGUGGCAUUACGGUGCGAUGCCUGUACCUAACCCGGUGAACGGCCUCAGCCAGCAACAGUCGACCUCUUCGUUGAGCUUACCUGAUCAGGCAGAGCACAUCAAAGAGCAAUGCAAACGACGUGAAUCUUUGCGUCGCUCCUUGGAGGAGGACCGCCAACAGUUGAUCCUGUUGCGUCGCAAAGUCGAAAACCUUCAAGAAGAAUUGACGAAAGAAAAACAACUCCUCGACACGAGCGAGAGAAAUAACGUACCCCAACGAUUACCACCAGCGCCACCUAUUGCCCGGAUUCUGCCACAUUAUCCGCAUCAACUCCAGCGCCAACAAGCCGUGAUUGACUUGGAAAACUUGAAAGAUGAAAUGCGCAACUUGGAGGUGGAUUGCCAGCGGAUGUAUCAAGAGCUGGUCACGCGUAACAGCGAAAACCCUAAUCCAUCAACGACUCUGUCUACAGCAUCGACUGGCAGCCCAGCGUUCUUUAAGGGAAUGCCGCUGCCAAUAGCCAGUUUGACGGAGGAGGAGGAUGAUGAAUCGGACGGCUGGAACUGCAGCCGUUGCACCUUCCAGAACCACCCGGCGUUGAGCAAGUGCGAGGAAUGCGAAUCGCCACGUCCCGUCUCCAGCCCGCCAUGCGCUCCUUCUUCGUCUAUGGUCACCUCUUCAACGCAAGCAGGGGUGAUGGCCGUCCGCAGCUUUAUACCGUACAGCCGGCCGGGCAACAUCCACAUCCACGUCCGCCACCGUCCGCGUACGAUCCAAGGGUGGGGUGUCUAAAAAGAAAACAACGAAUCGGAUUGGAUUUUAUCUUUGUUUCACGGCAUUUCUUUCUUUACAAAAAAAAAAUAAGAAUUAAAAAAAAAAAAAUUAAGUCUCGUCGGACGGCCGUGCGAUUCAUCAUCAGAAUCCCCCCUGAAGGAACCAACGGCCGUUUCUAAAAUAUUAUUAUUUUUUACUUCUCCUUCUGCUCAUUUGUUUCGAUAUUUCAUAUUCUGAAAAAAAAAUUUGCAGUGAAUGAAAGAUUCGUUCAUUGCAUAUCCUCUGUAUCAUCCCUCUCCUUUGAAUUCACGUGUGUACAUAUAUUAUAUACUUAUUGAUCAUUUGCAUACAUCUGCACAUCGUCCGUUAAAACAAAA